UUUAUCUUAUGUGAAACAAAUUUAAGUUUCAUACAUAUUCAUUUAGUCAAAUAUUUUUUUAAAUUUUGUGCAUCAAAAAAAUAUUCAGUUAUGAAUUGCGAUUUUAGAAGGAUAAUUAUUUCAACAUAUUUUAACUAAAAAAAUUUGUAAUAAUUAUUAUCUUUGAAAUAUUUUCAAAAACGAAACUGUUUCAUCGGAAGAAAAGAAGAAAUUCCCGAAAGUUACAGCUGUGGAACAUGGAUUCCAAUCUUAAUCGUGUUUUAAAUCAAAAUAGGCAUCACCUUUCUGGAACUUUAUGUAAAUAUACCAAUGUUGUAAAAGGUUGGCAAUACAGAUGGUUUACGGUAGAUGCACAAGCUGGUACUUUAAGUUAUUAUUUAUGUGAUUCUUCAAAUGACGAUACGCCUCAUAUAGUUGGUAAUCAACCCAGGGGUCAAGUACACCUAGCUGGUGCGGUUGUGUGUCCAAGUGACGAAGAUUCAAGAACAUUUUCCAUAAGCUGUGCUUCGGGAGAUACACUAAAAUUAAGGGCUGCUGAUGCACGUGCAAGACAGGAAUGGGUAGAUAGUUUAAGAGCUAUUACGGAGAGUCACACGCAAGCCUUAGAUAUAAAUGCUACAUCUUUGCCUCCACGAGAGUUAUUGGCUGCUUCUGAUGCAUUUGUUGUAGCAAGACAACAUAUACAACAAACUGAAUUAUGCAACGCGUCGUUAGCUCGUACAAUAGAAAAUUUUGGAGGUCCUUUUUCGCCAACUGAUCCAGAUUUGCUAUUGUUAAAAGCUAUAUCUACAGCUAGUACACAAUGCUUGAAUCAAUGUCUUACCUUAUUGCAAAGACAUCAAGAUAUCCAUGGUCCUAGUAGACAAGAGAGUACUGGGGUCUUUUAAAUAAUUUAAUAAUAAUUGGCGAUUUUUUCUAUAUUUCUUUAACAUUUUUUUAAGCUAUAACUUUAAGAAAAAAAAUUAUGCAUUCAUAAUAAAACUUUUGUUGUCAAUAGAUG